AUGUGCUCUCCUACUAUGCCACUGCUGUUCCUGCCACACAUAAACAAGGAGAGGGAAGGGAAGGCUGGGUUGAAGGGCUGUCUGAAAGAUGCAGCCACUCACAGAUUGUGGCAGCAGUGCCUUCACUCACAGAUUGUGGCAGCAGUGCCUUCACUCACAGAUUGUGGCAGCAGUGCCUUCACUCACAGAUUGUGGCAGCAGUGCCUUCACUCACAGAUUGUGGCAGCAGUGCCUUCACUCACAGAUUGUGGCAGCAGUGCCUUCACUCUUCUCUCUAACAACUCACUCCUUCCCUCCCCUCCCCUCCCCUCCCCUCCCCUCCCCUUAACUCCCCUCCCCUCCCUUGCCCUCCCCUGGCCUCCCCUGCCCAACUCUUCCCCUGCCCAACUCUUCCCCUGCCCAACUCUUCCCCUGCCCAACUCUUCCCCUGCCCUGCCCCCCUGCCUUGCCGUCUCCUGUUUUCCCCUCCCCUGCCCUACCUACCUUGCCCUCCCCCACCCUGUCCUCCCAUUCCCUCCCUCCCCCUCCCCUUGUCCUGAACUCCCCUCCCCCCCCCCUUCCCACCCUUCCCCCCCCUUCCCCCCACUCCCCCCCCCCUUCCCCCCCUUCCCCCCCCUUCCCCCCCCUUCCCCCCCCCUUCCCCCCCCCUUUCCCCCCCCUUUCCCGCUCCUUCCCGUCCUGGCCACUCCACGCGCGCCCCGGGAAUUCCCCUCCCGCCCCGUCCUUUCCCACCUCGUCCCUUCCCGCCUCGUCCCUUCCCGCCUCGUCCCUUCCCGCCUCGUCCCUUCCUGCCUCGUCCCUUCCCGCCUCGUCCCUUCCCGCCUCGUCCCUUCCCGCCUCGUCGCGUCCCGCCUCGUCCCUUCCCGCCCCGUCCCUUCCCACCUCCCUUCCCUCCUCGUCCCUUCCCGCCCCGUCCCUUCCCGUCCCGUCACUUCAAAAGCCGUUUUGUCCGUACCCUAA